AUGGCCUCAACACGCUCUAACCGUACCAAGAACGUUAAUGAAGUAAAAGAAACGGCUCCUACCACUGUAAGCGACUCUGGUAGCUCCAACAAUGCCUCACCAGCCCCUACUACACCUCCCUCUACAAAGAAGAUCAUCAAGAAGAAGUCCUCUGCUGGAAAAUCACUUAGUAGCAGUGCUAAAAGAAUUUCCAAAGAAUUAGCAGAGAUUUCACUUGAUCCUCCUUCCAAUUGCAGUGCUGGUCCUAAAGGCGAUAAUCUAUACGAAUGGGUUUCUACUAUUGCUGGUCCAAGUGAUUCUCCUUAUGCUGGUGGUAUCUUUUUCUUGGAUGUUCAUUUCCCUCAAGAAUACCCUUUCAAACCUCCCAAGGUCGUGUUUAGAACACGUAUUUAUCACUGUAAUAUCAACAGUCAAGGUGCCAUUUGUCUCGAUAUCCUUAAAGACAAUUGGUCUCCUGCAUUAACUAUCUCAAAGGUCUUGCUCUCGAUUUGUUCCUUAUUGACAGAUGCUAAUCCUCAUGAUCCAUUGGUAGGCUCUAUUGCUCAAGAAUAUUUGACAAACAGAGAAGAACAUGAUAGCAUAGCACGCGAAUGGACAAAAAGGUAA